AUGGGUGCAAUUGUUGCGAUAAUACUUGUCACUUGUCUUCGCGGCAUUUUGGGAUGUCAACUUCCCCAGGACUGGAGACCACAGACCGAGCCAUGCAGAGCCGAGUUGGCAGAGAUUAUCGUUUUUGCCAAAGUUCUGGCGAUUCACAAGGACUUCUACAACGUGUAUAACUAUCUCCCGUGGCAGUACAACACGGACCUCUUAUACUCUGCAGAGAUAGAGCUGCUGUGUGAUCAGGCAUGGGGCAGCAUGCUGGAGGUACCCGCCGGCUCAAGGUUUAAUGUCACCGGACUUGGUUACUUCCCUUGUUACUCCUACAGCGUCGUGGAGGACAAUGCAUAUUAUUUCUUUCUGAGGAUGGACGAGAACUACAACAUCAUUCCUCACAGCGUGAACUUCCAGGAUCCCAUCUUCCCGGACACACCGGAGAUCCACCGCAUGUUUGCCAGCCUCUUCCAGUUCGCAAACUGCACGGCGGGGACCCAGGUCCACACUCACAGCCCGGAGUGGGAAGCUCAGGAGGACAGCCGGCUGCUGUGCUCUGCGGUGCAGGAGGCCUUAUAUGAGGAGGAGGAGCGGGUCAAAACCCUCUCUCAGAAGGUCCGCUCCCUGGAGAAGGCCAACAGCCACCUGCGGGACAAGGUGAAGAGCCUGAAGCGGCUUCUGAGGCAGGCUAAGAGUGAGACCAAGGAGAAGAAGCAACACCUCAAACUGCUGCUUGAGCCCGAACCCGCUAACACCAGCCGGGACUCGCACCCCCAACAGGACACCACCCAGGAACGGAGCAAGCCCCAAAGAAAGGUCAUCUCCAGGCCCAAGCCCAAGCACUGAACCUGUCCUGGACUCCGUCCCAGCCACGGUCAAAGGUCACCCAUUACUCAUCUGCUGACCCAAGGGAAAACACACAGAU